UAAGGAAGAUGAUUCACAGCAAUUGAGAAGAAAAAGUGAAGAAUGGAGGAAAUGCGUAGCAAAAGUUGGCUUACAUCCCACGUUUAUAUCUCCUCCAAAAACAAGUAUUCAUGGACUUGUGUUCUUCUUAGCUAAACCUCUCAAUCUUUCUGUUAAGAGACCCCUUUCUCUCUCUUUCUUUCUCUCUCAUCUCAUCUCACAUACUUCAUUAUCGUUUCAGACAGUUGUAUAAAUGCUCAUUUAAAUUUCCAUCCAUCACUUGUACUAGCUUUCAACUUCUCCCACCUCUUCACAGCCUUCUUCUCUUUAGCUGUAUGAUUUUCGUGGGUUUUGAAUCAGGGUUUUGGGUUUCUUAGCGAAUUCAGACCAAACAAAGUCUGUACCUUAAUAUAUUUUUAACAUCAUAGGAUUCAACAGGAGACGUUGCAAGAAUGGAACAGUUGGCCGGUUUUGACACAAACGACGAGCCAGUCGAAUUGCCACCAGGUUUCCGGUUCCACCCGACCGACGAAGAGCUCAUAACUCAUUACUUAUCUCCUAAAGUAGUUGACUGCAGCUUCGUCACCAAAGCCAUCGGAGAGGUGGACCUCAACAAAGUUGAACCUUGGGAAUUGCCAUGGAAGGCGAAAAUGGGAGAGAAGGAGUGGUAUUUUUUCUGUGUAAGAGACAGGAAGUAUCCGACAGGUCUGAGGACGAAUAGAGCUACUGAUGCUGGAUACUGGAAGGCAACUGGAAAAGAUAAGGAGAUUUUCAGGGCCAAAAUCUUGGUUGGAAUGAAAAAGACUUUGGUUUUCUACAGAGGAAGAGCUCCUAGAGGGGAAAAGACUAACUGGGUUAUGCAUGAGUACAGAUUGGAGGGAAAGCAUUCCAUGCAUAACCUCCCCAAACCUGCUAAGAACGAAUGGGUGAUUUGUAGAAUCUUUAAGAAGAGUUCAGGAGGGAAAAAGGUGCAUAUAUCAGGACUUGUGAGGAGCAGCGAUGAUUCCAAGUCGUCGGAUUUGCCUCCACUCACGGACUUGUCAUCUGAUGAAAAUCACAUAAGAAGUACAAGCGCUGGUGAGGGAUCUUACGUGACCUGCUUCUCCAACCCAACGGAGAACCCGGGACAUCAAUCCAACCCUCCUUUCCUCAACAAGUCUGAUAUUUUGCCCUUCCCAUUUAUUUUUCCUAAGGCUUCCCCUCCUAAUUCAGUAUUCUCGUCCCAAGUAAUUCCAUGUACAGAAAACUCCAACGUCCAGCAACCCCUUAUGGUGCAAGAUCAGUCGACGCUACGGCUGUUGCUCGACAACAAUUGCUCGAGCGCCAAGCAAAAUGCUAAAGCUGAAUUCCCCUCUGCCAUGUCCUAUCAUGAUCAAGUGGGAUUUCCUGCUUACGAGGAUCAAGAAUUCCCUAUUAUCUCUGCAGCUCCAAUGGACCUUGACUGCUUGUGGAACUACUGAAUUCAAGAUGAUGGUGUCUGUUAGAAUAGGUGAAAAGCAGCACAAGACUGUCAAGACAAGUCUAAAAUGUCUGUCUUUGGCAAGAUACUAAAAUUCAGAUUGUUGUUGCUGUAUAGAAACAUUUGUGUGUAACAAAAAGAUAACUAAACUUUCAACCUUCUUGCUAUAUCAUAAUCAUUUCUUCAA